AUGGUUUCCAAAUCAAUCGUCGUAGCAUUUGCUCUCGCAGCCGUCAGCAAUGCCCACAUGAUUAUGACCAGUCCGGUACCAUACGGAGUCGACACACUCAACAGCUCUCCCUUGGCCGCUGACGGAUCCGACUUUCCAUGUAAACAACGAUCUGGAGUCUACGAAGUCACCACUCAAAACAGCAUGGAUCUCGGUGGUUCAUACGAUCUCGCAUUCAAAGGUAGUGCCGUCCACGGAGGAGGAUCUUGUCAAGUUUCCAUCACCUACGACGAGAACCCAACUAAGGACAGUACAUUCAAAGUGAUUCACUCCAUAAUCGGUGGCUGCCCCAUGCGCAACAUCGCUGGAAACAACGGUGAUAACGCCAACGCCAUCGAUCCAGAUACAUACAAUUUCACGAUUCCCACCACGCUCCCAGCAGGCAAAGCAACUCUCGCCUGGACCUGGUUCAACAAAAUCGGCAAUCGCGAAAUGUACAUGAACUGCGCGCCAGUCACUUUAAGCGGCGGUUCUAGCAAACGCCACGAGCUCAUCGAACGCGACCAAGCAGCCUACAACGCUCUCCCCAACAUGUUCGUCGCCAAUAUCGGAGACGGUUGUGGAACCGCCGAUUCUUUGGAUGUGGUUUUCCCUAACCCAGGUGAUUCGGUUGAAUUUGAUGGUGGUGCUACUUCAACAGCUACUGCCGCCCCUACUGGUAAUUGCGCUGCUGCUACAGGCAGUGCUACUUCUCCGAAGACUACUGGGGGGGCUGCCGCUGGAGGGGCUACUUCUCCCGUUUCGGUUGGUACUGCUCCGACUGUUUCAGUUGGUACAGCUCCUGCAUCAAGUCCUACUUCUCUUCCAGGAGGUGUAUUUGUCAACAUUUCUAGCUUGAGUGGUAGCCCCGAUGCUUCCGCAAGUUCUGCAACAUCCGCAACUUCACCAGCUGAAGUCGUUCCUGCCGUCGCCACUACCGCCAUCAGCGUCCCCACAGUCGCAACCUCUGCUCCCGCAGCAACAGGUACCGGAAGCUCUUCUUCUUCUUCUUCUUCAUCCUCAACUACCCCCUCAUCAGGAGCCCUCACAGGCGCUUGCACCAAAGACGGAAUGUUCAACUGCAUCUCCGGGACAUCAUUCCAACAAUGUGCUAGCGGCAUGUGGAGCGUAGUUCAAGAAAUGGCCACCGGCACUACAUGUAACGCCGGCCAAACCAUGGAUUUGAAGAUUGCAAAGAGAAACGGAAUGGGAUUGAUGCGACAUGUUGUUCGAAGAGGAUUAGGUGGGGAAAUGUUUGUUUAA